UUCGCCCUUUUUUGCCAGUUUUGUUGUGAGGCCUUUUAACGUGCUUGCCAAUAUCGAAGGCGCCAGGAACUCAUGACUGAGAUUUAACACCAGAAUCUGUUAUGUAUUCAUAUUUCGACUUUUAAAGCCAGAUGGAGGUUCUCUAACUGACGAUUCUAUGGACGCUUAAAUAAUUUAAUUCAAACGAGCUCGAUUCUUUUGAUGGAUCUAUUGUGGCUAUCGAAGUGUUGUUAUAGCAAACAGAAGAUGAGCUUCGAGCCGUACGUUAGACAAGUUGAAAAUGGUGAAAAUGGGACUUCCUUGAAAGUAAUUAGCGGAUAGGAACGCCAAGGAUUAUUUGAGUAUCAGCCAUAGGAUGGAAUAUCGCCUGUUGACGAUCCUCCUUCUAUUGAACAUCAAUUACUUUUGUGCAACCAAAGCACAAGUGGGUGAAUCACUGGAAGAGUAUGCAGAGUCCAUGGAGGAAGCAAAGAAUCUAUCAGACUUUAUCAACCACGCCAUUAAGGCUCAUGACAAGAAAGUACGACCUAACGCUGGAGGUCCUUCUGUUAUGGUUCAAGUAGAAUUCAAAGUUGUUUCGUUUGGAGAAAUAAAAGAAGCUGAAAUGACGUAUUCAAUGGAUAUUUUCUUCCGUCAAUGGUGGUAUGACUCACGAUUUGCCCACAACAUGAGCAAGGCUUUUACAAUGGCAGCAGAUGCCACACAAAUCAUCUGGACUCCCGAUACAUACUUCUGGAACGUUAAAUCAGCUAAAUACCACAAAGUUACCAGAGAGAACAUGAGAGUUAUGAUCAACCCAGACGGGAAAAUCUACUUUAGUACAAGGAUAACAAUAAGUGCACAAUGUGAUAUGAAUUUACGUCUGUAUCCUAUGGAUAUUCAAUAUUGCCCUCUUAUCAUAGAAAGCUAUGCACACACAAGAUCUGAUGUGGACUACAAAUGGAAAGGAGGAAAAGAUCAAGGCAUUGAAAUAGUGUCAAAGGAAAUGGCACAGUUUGAGUUCAUGGGUGCAAACACAACUACCAAAGAACAAGCUAAUAGCAAAGGUUCCUUUGCAAGUCUUCGUGCUGAGUUUGUAUUCAAGCGUCGUGUUUCUUUCUUCAUUACUGCUACGUACAUGCCUGCCAUGAUAUUAGUUAUUCUAUCGUGGUGUACCUUCUGGAUCCAUCGCAAUGCUGUCCCCGCCAGGGUCACUCUCAGCAUCACCACCAUUCUAAGCACAAUCCUGUUAACGAGUACUGUCAAUGCCAGUAUGCCUAAAGUGAGUUAUUCCAAGGCUCUCGACUACUACCUGAUGACGUCACUUGGCUUUAUCUUCAUGACAUUGCUUGAAUAUGUUAUUGUGCUAAAUAUCCAUCCGAACUUAAGGAAAGAACAUAGAGAAGAUGAUGAAAUUCCCCGUGAACGACAACCUCUUAGAAACGACACUGGCAAGGACCAUACUCCAGAUACYAUCGUGACAAUGAUGGACAAGACUGGCAACGGCCGUCAAUCAACUACUUCAAAAUUCAAAACAUGCCUGAGUUCAAAGCCAGUAAAAGCGAAAGAUAAGAAACAAUUGCCAUAUUUGGAUGUUCAUUGGAUUGAUCGCACAGCYCGAGUACUUUUCCCAUUUUGCUAUUUCUCAUUUACGAUUGCUUACUGGAUAUAUUACAUCAAUCAUCCAUUGACGGAUUUUCAACUUUUCUGAGCGCAGAAAAUCAUUUCCUUUUACUCAUUAUUAUCACAUUUACAAUGUAAAACGACAGCUUUGAUAUAUGAAUGGUCUUAUUCACUAAAAAACUGAAUUCAAAUCCACCAUGGGGAACUAAGAAAAGCCAAAGGGAAAAUAUUGAAAAAACCUAAUGGUAAAAGCUCCUUUGAAAUGCAAUUURCCUGUUAGGAAUACUUGAAGACUACUGUCAAACUUCAAAAAACUCAGGUCAAAGGAAAAAAGGACCUAUUUUGCUAAGAAACUAUAUCCCUAUACCGGAACUACAGCCUUGCGGUAGUGGGAGUUACUGAAAUCUCAAAAAGAUCUGCAAAAAAUGUAUUAUUGCUAUAUAUAUACCUGUGACUACUCGAUAAUGCGAAUCAGCUGGAUGCCAAUUACUUUUUUAUAAUGUUUAUAUGAAAAGAGGAAUACUUCCAAUGCAUCGUGGUACCUGACUGAAGUAUGCGUGACAAGAGUGACAAGAUGGCGAAUACGUAGCACCAAGAGAACAGUUAAACAUGAGCAACACAGAGACUUGGAAUAUUCAUGUCAAUAUGCAAAUACGCCAAUUUUGACUUAAAACUGUGUCAAGAAAAGUUUCUUUGGUGCUGUUACUUUGCGAAAUUGCGCUCUAACCCGCAAGGAAUUGUUGGUAAAACAAUUCUGUGAGUGCCGUGAUUGGCUAAUUAGUGUCUAUAUAAUAUAUAAAAACUCUGGCAUGUUGCAAAGACCGGCUUUUAAUUCACCCUGAAUAAAAGCGACUUCCAGGAGAGUGUGCUCUUCAAAUUCUGGUCAAUUCCAUUCCGCGACGUUGAAUAUUAUCAAUGUGGAAUAAUAUGAUUAGUAAUUAACUGAACUAGACACUGAAAAUGCUAUAUUCUGAUAGAAAAAUGCUUGCCAAAUUUGGAAUACACCUCAUUGCUCUAUGCUGAUUGGUGAUGUACGAAUGACAUUAUCAUCGAUUACAGUUAUGUCUGUAUUGGGUAUUAUUUUAGAUGUUUUUUUUUCUCCGCUGUCCCGAGUCAUUUACUGUUUUUGAACGGCUCACUAUGGGUCAGGACACCUAAUUCCAAAAGCACCUACUGAAACACUUACGUCCCCGUCAAUACGAGUCCAGAGAUUUUUUCUUCCGGAAUUUUAUUAUCCGGAUAAGAAAAUAUAUGCGCUGUAUACGAACGUCAAGACCUACCCGCUACUUACCCGGACAUAAAACGAUAAGUGAACAGAGCAUUUGAUAUAUCCGGGUAUGUAACGCGCGGAUACAAUUGACUGAGAACAGGCAUCUGACGAGUAUACAGAUCAAAGAAAGAACGCAACUGUUUUUUACUCUAAGGUGAAUAAUAAGGAUUUAGUAGAGAGAUCGCUUCAAAAUUUUAGUUAGUUAAGUCAAUUAAUUAAUCAUUAAGUAUUAAGGAUUUUUUUAAAGGAUCUAAAUAAUCGAGCACUUGAAAUGGCUAAUUAUAACACUCAUGGAUAUAUAUGUUCAUUACAUGCAUGUGAAUCGAAGUAGACUGCUAAACAGUCGCGCCUCAAAUCGAGCGCUGAAAAUGGCAAACGACCAAUCAGGACUUCGUUUUUUGGCGCUUAGUGUGGGUCGACUGUAUUUGUCUGGCGUAGAGAAUGAACAAAUUUAAAGCAAGUUAAAUUAAACAUCUGAAAAUAAAAAAAG